AAGGCGUCGCGAGAGAGUGGUCCAGGCCCCUCCUCCGUCAGACUCGCUUCGCUCUCUCUCUCCAGUUGAUGAGCGGCUUCGAAGGCGGCAGCGUCUGACAGUUAGUGGGGGAAAGAAAUCCCGAGCAAAACAAGUAUCGCUGUCCGAGCAACACGUCAAAAAGCCACCGAGGGCCUUUUUUAUUGGGUCGAGGAUCGGAUCAAGAAGGAAAAGUGGACGUCGUAGUGGAGCGCGAAUGUUCAGUUAACCGUUUACGUCCUGAUCAGGUGCCGCCUGUCCUGGCAUGGCCCCGGCGCUGACCCGGGUCCUGAGCGAUGACCACGGCGUCCACCUGUCCUCCCCCGCUGGCUCUGUCACGAGCGCCUCGCGUGGACCCGCCGGGCCGGACCCUCCCCUCACGUUGACAGAGGACCUGCACAAGAUGUGGCUGAACGUGUCCCUGUUUAGCGCCCUGGACUCCUGCGCGCCCGUGAGCCUGGACGCGGCUGCCGUCCCUGCGUACGCGCAGUGCGAAGCGGGCUCCCCCGCGAGCCCUCCCUCCCUCCUCGGCCUUCUGUCUUUCAACAAGGGCCCGAGCGGUUCCGCCCUAUCAGCUGCACCGGACCGGCCCACGGGACACGGCGGCCGAGAGGCGCGUCUGCAGCUCGGAUGCGGGGAUGCGCCUGAAUGCGGUCCGGGUGUGGCUGAUGUGCAUCACUCUCGACCCUGGAGCCCCACUCGCACCUUGGGCUCCCGUCCACCGGCGGAGGAGGCCCUGCGGGGGCGCCUGUCCCGGCAGGCGCGGCUGCGCGGCCGAGCUCGGGGGCUGCAGAGGAGGCUGGCGGCCGCCCUGGCGGAGCACGCGGCGCUCCACUGCGAGCGGCAGCUGGAAGCGCUGGAGAGACGCCGCCGGCGCGAGGAUGACGGCCUGGGCCGCGUGCAUCCUGCCCUGCCGCCUCCGCGGGCCCACGGCGAGCGCGGCGCCCCGCGGUCGGACUUGUCCACAGCCUCACCCGCCUCCACGGAGCUCCGGGGCUUCUGCCGCUCCACCCGGGCGGUGCUGAGGACCCUGCAGGGGUGCUUGGACUCUGACGCCACGGGCGGCAGCAGCUCAGAGGGCGAGUUAGAGGAGGAGCAGAGCCGAACUAAAAGAACAUUACCUGCUAGCAGCAGCAGCUGUGAGAGACGUUGGCUGGAGGAGAGAGCUGAGCUGGGCAGCAGAUGGAGCUGGCUGCAGCUGCGUCUGGCUGAGCUGGAAGGGAGAAUACAGCAAGUGGUGGAACUCCACAAGCACAUUUGCUCUUCUAAGAGUGGCGUGGUGCUUGCAGAGCCUCAGCCUCAUAAAGACAGAAGGACUCCCCACAACCCAAUGAUGGAAAUGGGAGGGCUGUCUUGCACGGCCACGGACGCUGACACUGAACCCUGCAGCCCCAUGCGUCUUCUGCACAACAUAGAGAGACAGAGCGCCCAACUCAGUCAGAUCGUCAACAGUCUGAUGCCUCCUCUCAGCUUUUCACCGCUGUCAAAGCAAGACAGGAGCAGUGGUCAGAAAGCAGAUAAUGGUGUCAUGCCUGGGAGCUCCAGGAGGAGGACGCCGGGGAGGAGGAUGCUCUUUAAGGCCCAUGUAUCGUGUGUGUGUGCCCGUACCCGACCUUUAGUCGCCUACCGCAAGCCCAGAUUGUUCACUUUGAACAGCCACAAUCCCAGCAGUUCACAGGACUCUGCCCAGUUCAAGUCCAGCCCCUCCUCUUCCUGUCCGCGGUGCUCCUCUUGUGACCCUGUAGCCCUGUGUUCUGAUCCUGACUGCAGCUCCAGUCGCACCCCGUCUUCCAGAAACCCCAGCUCCAGUUCUCACCAGUUGCCUCUGUCGUUCGAUACGGCGCCAUCCUAUCACAUACAGAGGAGAUCGGUGGCCAGAGAAGAAUGGGCCCAAAGGCCUCUAGUCAUUGACAGCCAGCCGUCUGCUCCACCACAUUACAACAGACGCAGCUCCACCCCACUACGCAACAGCCGCAAAUACAAGCAGCGUGCAAGGCGUCAUAAAAGCAAUGUAAUGGGUCUGGCACCGUUCGAGAGAGCAGGCUCUGCACGGAGUCAAUACAGGAGAGCAAAACAGAGGAAGAGGAAGAGAAAAUGCAUCCAGCAGCAUAUAGAAGAUGGGGAGAGAAGCCUGUUCCACUUGUGGGACCUACAGGAAAGCUCUGAUGAACUGUUGGAGGCGAGUUACACGCAGGCUUCACUUAAGCAGGCCUCACAGGGCUUUGUUCGCAAACGCCAGGGAGAGAGUGUGUACAAUAUUGAUAACAUUGUCAUCCCUAUGUCUCUGGCUAAGGUAGAAAAGCUGCAGUACAAAAACAUCCUAACACCCAGCUGGCGGAUGGUUGAGUCAUAUUCUCUGGCUGACAGCAAGGCACAGAAGGAGGGGGACUGUGGAGAGGGACAGGUGGAGGAUCUGAGUGAUGGGGUCUUUGCUCAGAGGCACCUUGCUCUGGAGCAGAGGGAGAAACGCCGCUGGUCGUCCUGGGGAAAGAGAACAUGCUGCCGACGUCCUACAAGGUUGACACAAUCUGGCAGCAGGUUGGGCACGAUAUGCACUUCAGGAGAGGAGAGCUCUGUGGAGUGGAGCAGUGCCCAGCUGGAUACUGAUGAACAGCCAAGCUCAGACGAGUGGCUGCCCCGAGCUCCCUGGGAACCACGCAUGUUUCCUUUAGAUAAGGACGAAGCACUGCUCUCCUCUAGUUUAGAAAGAGUCCCAGUGGGAUGGUCAGAUUCAAGCGCUGCCUUCUCUGCAUCAAAGAACUCAAAGUCCCAUGUAUCCACAGUUCUGUCCUUUGGUGCUAGACUGCCCUCUGGUGAACAAGCCUGAUGUACUGUCAGCCAGUGGGCAGCCCAACUUUUUAUAUCAUCUAAUAUCUGGGGCCAUGAAGAGAAACUGUACCCCACAGAUCUUAACUGGAGCACUAACACAUUACAUUGAUACAGUGACAACCUAGUGAUUUGUUAUCAUUAGUAUUACUAGUAUUAUUAGCUUAUUUGAAACAAACAUAUCUGUUUUGUAUUGUAUAGUAUUGUUACGUUUUUAGAUUUUAAUGUGCAUUAGUUUCUUUUUGUUGUUGUUGUUAUCGUAGCUCCUUCUACACUUUCAGGUUUUAAUGUACAAAGAACAGUAUGCACAGAAUGGAGCACACCUUCACUGUAGUCUCAGGUUUGUGUACAUGCUAUUUAUUUAAAAUUUUCAACAUUAUUAGUCUUAUAUAGCUGUCAUCAUAGAAUGUGUAAAAAAAUAAAUAUUUAUGUAAACAUUUA